AUGGGUAUUGACAUCAACCACAAGAAUGACCGCAAAGUGCGGCGAACGGCGCCGAAGAGCAAAGACCCGUAUUUGUUGCUAUUGGUCCGGUUGUAUCGAUUCCUGGCCCGACGAACUGGUCAGAAGUUCAACAAAAUUGUCUUAAAGCGUCUGUUUAUGAGUAAAACAAAUCGUCCGCCGAUUUCGCUCAACCGAUUGAAUCUCAAUAAAGAGAGACAAGAAAUAAAGCAAUUGUUUAGAGAUAUAGAAGAGAAAAGAAAUGAAAUACACAGAGAGGAGUCAUCUCUACAUCACACGAGGAUCUCAUUGCAGAGCGAACAGCACUCUCUGGAACAGAGGAAACUGUUGUUCGACAUCGAAAGAGUCAAAAUGCAAGACUUGGCCCAAGAAAUCGCCAAAAGAGCCGAAGAGUUGGAGAGUUUGGGCGAAAUCGCGUUGCAUGAGAAACGCGAGGGACAUAUGGCUAUGGAUGAGGCCGAGAAGUUCCGCGUUGAGUUGGACUCCAAACUCAAGUUCAUUGAAAACAGUUUCACUAAAUUGAGGGCAGAGGAGGAGAAAAUGAAUAAAAUGAAGGCUAAAGUUGAACAGGAAUUGGAUUUCAUCAAAGAGACCAAAGAUAAUAUAGUCUGUAAUCUGUGCUCUUCGGGACUCAAUAGAGUAAAACUGAAUGGAAUGACGAGAACCUCUUUGCAAGACAUGGCAAACGUGCCAUCAUUUUACGGGUCCAACCAAUGGUCAGGACUGCCGGACGAUAGGGCUCUACUCAUUUGGCAGAUUACUGGCCAACAGGACGCGGCUCUUCUACAACAGGAAACCGCUUUCAUUAACGCCAUACGAACCCAAACACUGGACACAGACAUCACUUUCCAACAAAACGAGUAUUUCAUAAACUGAUCACAACUUAUCCUAUUUAUA